UGUGAAUAAAGUGAAAUUGGUUUUGAAAAAAAUUUUUUUUUUUGACAAUGUCACUUUAUUGAUAAAAUGAAGUUGUGCUACCAUAAAAACUCAAUAAAAGUAAAAAUAUAUUGAUUUAUAGACGGGAAAUUGCUUGCGCGGUUGAAGCAUAACACAAUCUUAAAAUUUCGGACUGUGCUUAUUGUACACAUUAUAUUUCAUUUCAUUUAAAUGCAAUUAUUGAAAGAAAAUUAUAAAUUAUUUUAAGCAAUAUACGGCCAGUAAAACAUUUACUUAAUAUGUCCUUGAAGCCAAAAUCUGUUAAUUUCGAUGAAAUUUGGCCACAAUUACGCGCUACUGCAACGGCUGUUGUUACUUUAGGCAAGGUUGAACGCGAUGCGUGGAAUACCAGUUUCAGUGAUGUGUAUACGUUGUGCGUCGCACACCCUGAACCAUUUGCAGAUAAACUCUACGCUGAAACUAAAGAUUUUCUAGAGCGUCAUGUCAGUACUAUGUUAUCCGAAAGGGUAAUGCCUUUAUCAAAAGAGAAUGAAUCAAGUAAUCCACUCUGCCAACCGGAUCUACUACAACGUUAUUAUGAGGCGUGGGCUGAAUAUAGUCAAGGCGUAGAGUAUUUGCACUUCCUCUACUCGUACCUCAACCAACAGCAUAUUAAAAAACAAAAACUAUCUGAUGCUGAAGUAGUUUAUGGUACCAUAUCCACACAACACAGGGAGCAAAUGGAAAUUGGCGAAUUAGGCCUCGAUAUUUGGCGUUUAUGCAUGAUAGAAGGGCUCAGUACUGAAUUGGUCCGGCACAUUCUCCAGGGUAUUGCCGCUGAUCGAGAGAAUGAUAAAUCGAUCGAUACUAAGAGAAUUAAGAUUAUCCAUGGUGUCAUACAUAGUUUCGUACAGGUGCAAAAUUACAAAAAGACUGGGUCACUUAAAUUAUACCAAGAUUUAUUUGAAAACUAUUUAUUAAAAACCAGUGGAGAGUAUUAUGCGGGAGUAUCAUCAAAGUUAUUACAAAGUUGUACUGUAAGUAAAUAUAUGGAAGAAGUUAUUAAAAUUCUUGAAGAUGAAAAUCAGCGAGCGUACAGGUUUUUACAUACUAGCUCGUAUCCGAAAAUGCGUAAACAAUGCGAAGAAAAAUUUAUUAAUGAUAGAUUGGAUUUCUUAUAUUCUGAGUGUAAAGAAAUGGUAACUCAAGAAAAGCGCAAAGACUUACGCAAUAUGUAUAUAGUAUUGAAACCCAUACCCGACAACCUGAAAGAUUUGCUGAUACAAUACUUCUUGGAUCAUAUUAAAAACGAAGGCCUUGAAACAAUAUCAACAUUAAAAGGCGACAAUAUACACAUACAAUUUGUUGAAAAUAUGUUGAAAGUACACCACAAGUUUCAGGAACUUAUAGCCGAUGUUUUUGAAAAUGAUUCACUAUUUCUAAGUGCUUUAGAUAAGGCUUGUGCGAGCGUUAUUAAUCGUCGUGUAAAUGACAAAACGCCAUGUCGGAGUGCCGAAUAUGUAGCCAAGUAUUGUGAUACGUUAUUAAAAAAAUCAAAGACUUCAGAAUCUGAAAUUGACCAAAAACUGACAAACAAUAUAACAAUUUUUAAGUAUAUUGAGGAUAAAGAUGUUUAUCAAAAGUUUUAUAGCAGACUUCUUGCUAAAAGGUUAAUACAUGAACAAUCGCAAAGCAUGGAUGCUGAAGAAGCUAUGAUUAAUAGACUUAAGCAAGCAUGUGGUUAUGAGUUCACUAAUAAAUUACAUCGUAUGUUCACUGAUAUAUCUCUAUCUGCCGACCUUAAUAAUAAGUUUAGUAACUUCCUUAAAGAUGACAACGUAAAAUUAGGUAUAAAUUUAUCAAUUAAAGUACUUCAAGCUGGAGCUUGGCCAUUAGGACCUUCACAAGUAGUUAUACCAUUUGUUGUACCGCAGGAAUUCGAGCAAGCAAUUCGUUUGUUCGAAACUUUCUAUCAUAAUUCAUUUAGUGGUCGCAAGUUAACUUGGCUGUAUCAUAUGUGUCAUGGAGAACUGAAACUGACUUUUCUAAAAAAGUCUUAUAUCGUAACAAUGCAAACUUACCAGAUGGCUAUUCUUUUAUUGUAUGAGACAGUAGAUUCAUACACCUGUAAAGAAAUCCAAACUACUCUUGAACUUAAUACUGAAACCUUUCAAAAACAUAUGCAAUCGUUAAUUGAUUCUAAAUUACUAAUAGCAUCAUCAGAGGUACUCGAUGAUGAAACUAAAGUUUCUUUAAAUUUCGAUUAUUCAAAUAAGAGAACCAAAUUUAAAAUCACAUCAGCCCUGCAGAAGGAAACUCCACAGGAGAUUGAACAUACAAUAAGCGCAGUGGAUGAGGACCGAAAAUUGUAUUUGCAAGCUGCUAUUGUUCGUAUUAUGAAGUCUCGAAAGGUUUUAAAGCACAAUACAUUAAUACAAGAGAUUCUAGCUCAAUCGAAAGUAAGCUUUACUCCAAACAUCUCAAUGAUCAAAAAGUGUAUCGAAUCGUUGAUCGAUAAGCAAUACAUUGAACGUACCCCAAACUCAGGGGACGAGUACAGCUACGUUGCUUAGUCGCCGCAUUACUCACUCAGCACAACUCCUUAAAUUAUAUUAAUUUUUAUUUUUAUUUUGAUUUUGAUUUUGAUUUUUUUUUGCUUUCAAUCUUUACGCAAAAUGUUUUCCGUUUUCCGUCAAUAUUUUAUUUUAUUUAAUUUAUUUACUUUAUUUUUUUUUUUGCUGAUUUUGUUCAUCAUAUUUUUUUGUACCUACUUGAACGUUUAGUCUGCAUGCAAAUUAAAUAUUGAAUGUUUGCGAAACAUCUUAACGAAAUAA